UAGCUUUAAAAUUAAUAAUUGUUAUUGAUAAUAUUGAAAAACAAGAUGCUGCAUUUAGUGCAGAUCCAGAUGUCGAUGAAAAUAAUAAAACGUCAAUAUUAAUUUUUUACCGGGCAUAAAUGAAAUUGAACAGAUGUGUAAAAAAUUGGAACAACUUAAAGAUACAGAUAAUAAUCAAGUACGACUCUGCCCAAUACGUUUGCACUCUAUCAUUUCGCCAGAUGAACAAGUUAGAGUAUUUAAUCGACCACCUCCUGGCUAUAGAAAAGUAAUUCUUGCUACCAACAUUGCAGAAAGUUCUAUUACGGUUCCAGAUGUAAAGUAUGUAAUUGACUUUUGUUUGACCAAAUUACUAGUGACAGAUACUUCCACUAAUUUCACGAAAUUGGAAAUACAAUGGGCUUCAAGAGCAAACUGCAGACAAAGAGCUGGUCGUGCUGGACGAGUUAUGAAUGGUCGUGUUUAUCGCUUAAUACCUCGUUCAUUUUAUGAGUUCUGGAAGCAAAAACAAGUAGGUGCUAAAAUAUAUUUUACCAAAAUACCGAAAUUCUAG